UUCAGGAUGUACUACAGAUAGCGGGUCUCUGAACUCAUCCCGACGCCGCCGAACAAGAACCAACCGAUCCGCCCGGUGUGUCCGUUAUCUUCUCAACGGAAACACAAUUGAGUUUACUUAUAAAUAAUAACUCCACCCGCCGUUAUAAGUUGUUGUAGUUUAAAAACAGUUCGGGGUUCACUCUGCUGUGAUGCACGGGAUUGUAGCUAGCUAACGUUAGCCGGAGCGAGCUAGCGUCCAUCGUCCAGUGUUCGGGGGGGAAAGUAGCGGAGUCCGUGUUCCUUCUUUCAGCCGUGUGGGGGGUGAAUACACCGGGGUAAGCAUGGAGAAAAGUAACCGCUUUGUAGAACUGUACCACUAUCUCCAAGACCCCCACCUUGUCGCCCGCUUUCAGCGCUUCUGUGGUGUACACGGGACGUUUUCGAGAACCGUCUGUGCGGCGGGUAUCAGCGCGGAAGCGGACCGGACUCACUCGCAGAACAACGGGGCUUGCCAUCAUCACGUCGCCGCCGGGGGAAAUGAUAGUGAGAAGUCGGCUGGUGUCGGAGCAGGGGAAGGGGAGAAAGUGCAAACAGCAGCAGCGGGUGUACGGAAGAGGGGUAUUGAUUCAAACGUGGCGACAAAGAGAGGGGAGGAAAGUGAGAGUCCUCCCCAGAAUGGAGCAGUUGUGUCCGGGGCGACCGCCGGGGGAGAGACGUUUGGUGCGGGGAGUAACAACUGUCGCAGCCUCGACGGGGAGCCAGAGGAGCAGGGCGGUAAAGCCCCGGGUCCAUCAGGGAGCAGCACGGUGAAACCCCUCCGCAAAAACUCUCUAACAGGCGAUGCCGGGCAGGAGUUCCUCAUCGGGAACCGGUUCCUGUACUACAUGUUCACUUUCGGGACCGAGCUGGGCAACGAGCUCUUCUACAUCACCUUCUUCCCCUUCGUCAUCUGGAACAUGGACGCCUUCGUGGGCAGGAGGCUGAUCAUGGUGUGGGUCUGGGUCAUGUACCUGGGGCAGUGCACUAAGGAUGUGAUCGGGUGGUCGCGACCCGCCUCACCACCUGUGGUCAAAGUGGAGAUGUUUUACAACUCUGAGUACAGCAUGCCGUCCACACACGCCAUGUCGGGCACCGCCAUCCCUUUCUCCCUGUUCUUCAUGACCUACGGCCGGUGGGAGUACCCGUUCACACUGGGCUUCAGCUUGGCUCUCUGCUGGUGUCUGCUGGUCUGUGUCAGCCGAAUCUACAUGGGAAUGCACUCAGUCCUGGACGUCAUCGCUGGCUUCCUCUACAGCAGCCUGAUCCUGCUCUUCUUCCUGCCGGCGCUGGACCUGAUCGACGGCUUCAACCUGACUUGCCGCUACGCUCCGCUCAUCAUCAUCUCCCUCCACCUGGGCCUGGGCCUUUUCUCCUUCACCCUGGACACGUGGAGCACCUCACGGGGCGACACUGCUCAAAUCCUGGGCACAGGUGCCGGCGUGGCCCUCGCCUCCCACGUCAACUACUACCUGGGUCUGAUGCCAGACCCGACAGCGGACCAGCUCCCCUUCACCAUGUCCACCCUCAGCGCUGGCUUGGUGGGUGUCACCUUGCUGCGACUGGUUCUGGGCGUGCUGGUGCUGAUGGCCACGCGGGCGCUGAUGAAGGCCAUCACUAUCCCGGCGGUGUGCUGGGUGUUCAGGGUGCCCAGCACAGACGUGAGGAAGGCCAGGCAGCACAUGGAGGUGGAGCUGCCUUACCGCUACAUCGUUUAUGGAGCGGUGGGCUUCAACGUGCUCUUCUUGGUGCCGCUGCUCUUCAGCUACACUCAGCUCUCCUGAUUUCAGUCAGUCGCUGGCUUGAAAACAGUAAAGUGAUUGACUUAUGUUCACCGAAUGCUGUUAUCAGAUCAUAUUUCACACCCAGAACCCGUUUCUUUCCUCCUCUGGGUUCAACUAAGGUGAAUUAAAGCCUAAAAGCUGAUCUGGAUGCUGACAUGUUAUCAGUUUCUCAGUCUCUCCCAUCGUUGCCUCAGGUUUCCUUCAGGUAGGAUGAACCAGGAGCAGCUGGGAAGUCUUGUAAAUUUGGCUUUGACUGUUAUCAGUUCUACCUGUGGCGAGUGAUAUCUCUCUUUUCUGUUGUUUUAGAUUUAUUUAAAAUCAAAUCAAAUGGCUCCUGCUGAUCCCAGGACGCACUGGAUCAGAGCCAAACAUCCACUCCUCCUGCACCAGCUUAAUUCUUACUAAACAGUGGCCUCUGAAAGACUGAAAACGCCACUGAGCGCUACUGAGAAAUAACCUGUGUCUUAGUAUUCACAUUAUUUUCAAUGCUAUAAUUAUUAUUAAGAGUUUAGACAAAGAGCCACACAAGUACGUUUAUGAAAGACUGAAAUUUUCCUAGCAUUUGCAACAUAUCAGUGUUACGUGCACCUGAAUGCAAAGUAAGGAUUCAGCAGCAAAUUCACAAAAUGCUGUCAGUCUUUAACCAGGUGAAAAGUGUUUAGAAAUUCAUUUAAAACCUGGUGGACGUGAAGAGCUGCAACUUUCACCCUUGUUUAAGCAAUAAAAAUGUCUUGUCUAGUCCAAGCUGCAGCCCUGAUACCUUAAGACCUUCAGCUGAAAUCAUAUAAAUAGACAAAUCCGCGCAUUUAGAGAAUAUUUGAAGCUUUUGGGUGAAAAAUGAUGAUUAAUUCAGUAUUUAAAUAGUUGCAGAAACAUUGUUUGCUGACUGAUUGUUUCCACUCAAGUUGGGUGUUUAAAGUUUGUGUGGUUCUUUGUCAGGAAGCUUCUUAAUAAUGAAUAGUUAAUCUUCCUCUCGUCCUCUAAGCUGUCUCACUUCUCAAAGCAAUAAGAUUUUAUAUUUCCUUAUUCCUGUCUCAGAGUUUAUCCUGAUGGAGACUGAUUUCUACUUCACUUGUGGACCUGUGGAGUGGACACGCCUGUGGUUUCAAGUUCUUGAACUCAUUUUUGAGGUGUUUAAUUGCAGGUGUACAGUAUUUCCUUAAAGGGCUCUCCCCACUC